CAUCUUACUCCGCCCAGCUCCAGCGAAGUCCCGUGGACCGAGUCCUUGACUAUAAAACCUUCCUUGCGCGCGCAAAGACGCCAAAGCCGUGCACUCGAGAAAGUAGAGCCGUUUUUGAGGCUCCGAGCGACGAGUCCCGCUGCCUCGACACGGCAGAGCCGAGAGGACCAUGGAGGAAACCCAAGGGAAGAAGAGGGGGCGUAAAAGUUUGACGCUGUUUGUUUUCGGCUGCCUCGCUGUGGCGGCGACCGCUGGGACAGACCAAGUCUUACCACCACGAAAUGUGUCGCUGUCCUGGAUUACUGACUUCCGUCCGAAUAUAUCAUGGAUACCACCAGAGAAUUUCCGGGAAGGCUGUCAAUAUCGUUGGCAUUCAAAACAUCUGGGGGACCAGACUGGAACAACUACAAGUCUGUUUUUCGAUGACGAGUGUUUCCAAUGGAAGACAGAGAAAGGAGUUUUGGAUUUUUCAGUUCAAACGGUGUGUAAUGGGACGAUGAGUGAACCUGCUGGCCUCAACAUCACCUAUCCAGACCUGGUGAAGGAUGUUCAGUGUGUAAUCCGCGCCACCAGUCUAACUAACUGCUCCUGGCAACCAGCCACUCCUGUUCCACACCUCCAGUUUUACUACGGGUUAAUGAAACAGGGUGGACAGCGUUGUGAAGUUAAUUACGAAUUGAAAAUGUGCCCUAAGUAUGUGGAGACAGGCUGUCAUGUGCCCAAUGAUGACAACACUGUAGACAUGUAUCUCCUGUUCAAUGGAACGAUAAAUGGCACAGUUGUCAAAAAUGUCUUUACUAUUAGCAUGAUCAACAACGUUAAGCCCCCUGCUCUUAAAUGGAAAGCUAAUAAAACAGAGGGUGAAUUCAAGAUCACAUGGGAUCCUGUUGACAUCAAGAGCAUACGUCACUGGUGCUACAAUCUGAGUUACACUGAGUGUGGUGAGGAGAAGAAAAAAGAGACCAACGGUGAUUCAAUAACACUGAAAGUUGUCCCAAAAUGCCGAUACACCAUGACUAUGAAAGCAGUCAAGGGAGAAUGUGAAGACAAGGGCACAGCAGAGAGUGAAGAAAGUGAUGAGGAGAUCUUUGAGGCGGAGAUGAAUCCUGCCUUAUUUGCCAUCAUUUUGAUCCCGGUGAUGUUCUCCAUCUUGGCAGUCGUGGCCCUUGUAUGUUUCAGGAAGCACAAACCAAAGCUGUUCCCAAAAAUACCAAAAAUUCCUCCUAACUUCAUGGAUUACAUUUUAUACAACAACAAUGAUGGGAGCACUAACCCGAGUGUCCUGUCGAAGAAGGAAGAGGAGUGUGAUAUUGCCCUGGUGAUAGAGGACCAGCCUGCCAGCCCCGAGUCCUGAUUCAUCUAUCUGUCCAACAGAAAACAGGCCAACACUGCGUCACUCUUCAUCCCCUCCCUCAGUGCUCGCCAGCGGGUGAACACCAACCUGGAUAGGCAACAUCGGAAAAAUUAGCACUGAGGGGUUUUUUAUGUUCACUUCUCUGUGUUUAUGUUGGUAAAUUCAGUCAGUUUUUAGAUUAUUGUGGAAACUCACUCAGAGUCAUAUCAGCUCUAUGAGUGGACGUACUCUUAUCAUUCCACUUUGGUCUGCACAAGUGCAAAAAAUGGUCAUAGUAUAACACUGGUAAUAUUUGCUGUGUAAUAUUGUGAAGCCCAGCACCCUUGCUGUGUAUUGUAAGAAAUGCCAUGAAAUUUACUGAAGGUAGUUAACCUACUUAACCAAGUUCAAACUUGCUUGAUAAUGUGGGCCUACAGUACAGGCUAAAAUAUAGACCGCUGAACAACACAUGCUUUUUGGACAUUUAAUUUCAAAAGCAUAGGCACUACUAUGGAGCUGUUGCUCCCUUUGCUGCUACAACAGCCUCUGCUCCUUUCCACUACAUUUUGGAGCAUCUUCAUGGUUCCCUCGCCAAACUGUUCAGUUCUCUAGAAAUUCACUGUCCCCAGUAGCAUUAAUUAACAGCCCUUCUCUGGAAUCAAGGGCCCGAGCCCAUCCCAUUAGCCUGUGUAGCCUUUUUAUAGAUUAGCCUGUUUCUGUGUAAAUGGACCUGUGACCCUCCCAAGUCUGUUACGUGAAUGAUGAAAAAGACUGUGUCUUUUAAUAAUUCAUUUUAUUAUAAGAACAGCGAGCCAGCGACUCAGGCCCCAACUGCUGAAUGUACCCCGGUUACUGAUAGUCAUUAGUGGGGCUGAAGAACCUACAGAAAGGACUGCUGGGAUCAGUAGGCACCCUGUCUAACAAUCAGAAACCUGUCCUUCAUGAACUGGGCCUUUUUGGGGCAGAAGGCCAGUGAGCUAAAUUUCCCAUUUUACUUUAUAUGACUGUAUAUUUUUAUGCUUCUGUUGAGGGCAAUAACCCAAAACGAAACACAAAAUGAACACAAAAGGAAUACAUUCCAGGCACUCGGCCAGUGUUUACAUCACAGCGCACAUACAGGAAGUCAGACAUGUACAUAUAGUAUUUUUCUCAGUUACUCAUUUAAUCAAUCAUUUACACAUGCAGUGUAUACUGUAGUAACACUUUUUAUCUUGCUGGAUAGUGAUUCAACUUCUUACACUUUACACUUUAUAGCCUCUUUAAAUCAAGGUUCAGUUGUUUCCUGAUGGCACUUUAGCGCUACAUACAUCGCAGCGUUUCUCGAGAUGCAUCAAAUGAAAAGGUUCAAAGAUCCAGGAUAGCUUCACCAGUUCUCUGUGAAUAUCUGCUGUUGAAGAUACAGAAUGUUUUGACGGCAUCUCCAGUUUUCAAGUUUACGUAUCAGCUUGGCUCCAAAGGACUGAAAAACUUGUAGCUACAGAAGGUAUGGCUGUCAUUUUCCUCUCAUGAUAGUUUGUGGGUUGAAAUGAAUGUUUGAUCAUGACUUAUGUGAAGGAUUAGCCUGUUACAAUUGCUGUGUACUACUUAAUUUUUUUUUUUUUUAAUUCCAAUGUGGGUGCCAUGCCAUUAUUCUGAAGCCGGCACAGUUGCCAGAGAAAAAUGUUAAUGUUUUACAAAUCUGCAAACCAAAGAUACGCUGAAAUGUCAUGGUUUCAAGUUUUGUGAGAAACUUUGCCUCUGCAGACGAGGGUUCAAGUCCCUUGUGUAUGGGAGCCAUGUUUGUUUUUAGCUGACGGUAGCUGGCUAAUAUUAGUGAGCGUUAGCUAAUGUCUCAUAACAUUAACCAUGACCUUUGCCUAACCGUAACCAAGUAAUUUUGGUGGAUAAUGAAGCUAACAAUCGCCAGCAUUUGAACAUUAACACUGACACAGGCUCGAGUCUAAAUGUUGAUGUACAGCGUAUUUUUGGUUCAGAAACAACAUUUCAAUGAAUGUGUUGGUUUGCACAAAUGUAAAAUAGCAACCCUUAAUUCUGGCAGAUGGGUUGCAGCCGACACCCCAACAGUCUGGAAAAUGACCCAGCAUUUGCCUGAAAGCCAGUGUUAAGAGCAAGUUAAGAAGCUGCAUAUAACAAACUGGCCAAACAGUUACAUCAAUGGUUGCAUCACAAAAAUAUCUUGUUGGCCUCUUUACCUAUGCAAUUCUGUCCUGUUGCACAAUCAUUAAAUACAAAAAAAUAAAACACUGUGGACCUUCGACUGGCCGUCUCAUUUGCUUAUUUGACAGCUUAGAUGGAGCUCAGUAAAGCUUGAUUUAACUUCAGACAUAUGGGAAAUAAGUCCAAGUCAGCAACUACACUUUAGGGACAAGCCCCAAAAAAAAAACGCAACAAUGUGACCACCAGUGUGAGUGUAUGUGACUUUACAGAGAGACAAGCACAAAAUGGCGUAUAUUAAGCAGACGUGGCUUUUUGCAUCCCUGCUUAGAAAUGCCCCCACCCCUGUUUACCCAAACCUAACCCUGAGGAAAACCCUGCCUAAACUUUGCCAAAUAUAUGGAGUGGACAUUGUUCAGACUGUUGGCGUUUCAGAAUAAUGGGUGUUUGUUUUCAGGAUACCAGGCCAUCGAGCAGGUCCUCCGGUCCUGGCACAUUUUCAGAGAAUUGGGAUUUCAGAAUAAUGGGCCACUGGACAAUGGGCAGGUCCCCUGGUGAUGCUCCUAUUAAAAACAAUAUUUGCAGCACAAGCAAUAACCACUAUCUUAAUAGGAAAGUGAUUGUCUUGCCACUGUACAAACAUUAAAUGAGAAAGUGACACAUUGAACAAAUACUUCAGACUAUCAGUGAUGAGAAAUAACUAACCCCUCAUUUCAGAAUAAACGUAGGCUGUGGUGGAAACUAGAUUUA